CGCUCGCGAAUCAGUCAUCGCUAAACAACAGACGAGAGCGAGAGAAAGGCAGUGGAUUCCUCUCAUACUGCCACUAAAAGAGACACACACACACACAGAGAGACGGGCGCAUUUUCACACAUAAAUGGAGACACGUCCAUCGGGCGCCAUCAAACGGCCCUAAACCUGUAAACAUGGCGAAGGACCAAGAAGUGGAGCGCAUCGCCAAGAAGCUGGACAAAAUGGUGCACAAGAAAAACACUGAUGGUGCUAUUGACCUGCUUCGGGAGCUGAAGAACAUGAAGAUGUCUUUAGAGACCCUACAGUCGACACGGAUCGGGAUGUCAGUGAAUGCAGUGCGGAAGCAGAGCUCGGAAGAGGAGGUGCAGACACUGGCCAAAUCACUCAUCAAGACCUGGAAGAAACUGCUGGAUGGUUCUGAGGCUAAAUCAGAGGAAAAGAAAAAAGGUGGAUCUCCUCUCCAGUCCUCGUCUUCUAAAGACUGUCCUGGAUCCAGUGACUCCAGUGGCAAACAAGAGACGCCAAAAACUCCCACCACCCCAGUGACCCCAAAAUUCACCUCCUUUCCCCCUGCACCCGUCACGACAGACAGCGUGCGCACUAAGUGCCGAGAGCUGCUGGUGGCGGCCCUACAGACUGAUGGUGAUCACCAGACAAUCGGAGCAGACUGUGAACACCUGGCUGCGCAGAUUGAAGAUUGUAUCUACCAGGAGUUUAAAUCCACUGACAUAAAGUACAAGACCAGACUGAGGAGUCGCAUUUCCAACCUCAAGGACCAGAAAAACCCAGACUUACGCCGGAACGUCUUGUGUGGCAACAUCUCGCCUGACCGCAUCGCCAGUAUGACAGCAGAGGAGAUGGCAAGCGCAGAGCUGAAAGAGAUCAGGAAAGCGCUGACCAAGGAGUCCAUUCGAGAGCAUCAGCUCUCCAAAGUGGGCGGCACGGAGACUGACAUGUUCAUCUGUGGAAAAUGCAGGGGCAAGAACUGCACUUACACUCAGGUCCAGACACGCAGUGCAGAUGAACCCAUGACCACCUUCGUGCUGUGCAACGAGUGUGGAAACCGGUGGAAGUUUUGCUAAAGACUAAAGUGAGCAGGAUUCUUCAUAUGAAGAGAUGACCUGAAUUCAUAGUGAAAGGAACUGUUUUUUUUUUUUCUUUUCAGAAAAAAAAAAAUCUGACGUCUUUUUUUGAUACAUUCAUUUUCAUAGCUUUGUAAUAUAUGAGUGUUGCAACUUCAAAAACCUGCUCUGUAUUAUUUUUUUUUAUUUUUUUUACUGGUGUAAUGUCAUUGCCUUUCAUGCACUGCCGAUAACUUAGACUCAGUAAGUCAGCUGGCUUGUUCAUUCUUGCUUUGCCUUUUGAUAUAGCGCUUGUGCCUUUUUUUCUGAGUGCCAAGUAAUUGCUGAAAGAAUUUGUACCCAUUCCUACAGAUUUUUUUGUUUGUUUAUUUGUUUUUGAAUGUGUGCUUUUCAUAUGUAUAUGCAGUUUAUGCACUUAGCAGAUGAUUUAUUUAACCAAAUUUUGAAAGGUCGAUUGCUUUUCCAGAGUUUAGGGAGUCUUAAAGGAUUACGGUUAAUAUUUGAGUCUUAAUGUAGGUGGUAGUUUGCUUCUUGUAGACAGCCAGACAAAGAGAAAAAACAGAAAGUAGUACAUGAUUGAAGGUUCAUAUGUAUUAUAUGAAUGUGACUGUUUUGCCUCCAGUAAAUUUGACUAGAAAUAUUU